CACGUUCCCGCUUCUACGCUUGCGAUAGCUUCAGCCUAACUUCAAGAGACAUCAUCAUAUCGGGUUUCGACCGGCAAUAAACGGCUGCAUCCGCAUUGCGCUUCUGGGGUAGCAUCUCUGUCGUAAUCUCAUUAAUCUCGGCAGAGCUUCGAUCCCGCAAUAUUUGACAACCCCCAGCGAUAUACCCUCAGCAACAACCGCCCAUUCAUCAACACAAAGACCCCAUCCUUAUAAGGCUAUUCCCAAUCCCUACCUGACCCUCCGAAGCGAACAAAUGACGCUAGAGCUCCAUGUCUGGGGUCCGGCUUUUGGCCUUCCCUCUAUCGACGCCGAGUGCCUUGCGACCGUUACGUACUUUGCGCAGACCUUGAGCGCCGCCGACUACCUGCUCGUACAGAGCAGUCCCUCUGCCGUUCCAUCCCACCACCUCCCGGCCCUCUACAACCCCUCCACGGCAACAUGGACUUCCGGCUUCGACCCCAUCGUCUCCUACCUCUCCACUCUUCAACCACCCUCCUACCACCACCAUGACGUCACCACCCUCCCCCCACGCGUCCACGCCGACUCCCAAGCCUAUAAGGCCCUCCUGACCUCCUCGGCCGCCCCGCUCCUCGCCCUGUCCCUCUACGUCUCCUCGGCCAACUACUCCGAAACCACCCGGCCCGCCUACAGCACCAUCCUCCCGUUCCCCUUACCCUGGGCCGAGCCGCUCGCCGUGCGGGCUGCCAUGGCCGCGCGUGCGGCGCACCUGGGCAUGAGCAGCCUGGACACGGACGCGGAGAUGGAACGGCUGGAGAAGGAGGAGCGCGAGCGUGAGGCUGCGGGUUGGGUGCAGAUUCCGAAGGCGCUGAGGAAGGCGGUCGGGCAGAAUACCGGUGUCAAGGGCCAGUUGAGCCCGGAGAUGAAGAGGAGGAUCAAGCUCGAGGGGCUGGCGGCUGAGGUGUUUGAUGUGUUCGGGGAAAUUGAUUUCCUGGAUGAGGAGGAAGGGCAAGAGGAAGACAAAGAGGGCGAAAGAAGGAUAAAGGUCUCGCUGGAGACCAAGUGCCUUGCGUUUGCUUACCUGGCGCUCAUGCUGCUUCCUGAGGUGCCGAGACCUUGGUUGAAGGAGGUGCUGCAGAGGAAGUAUGCCGGGUUAUGCGAGUUUGUGGUGGAGUACAGGAGGAAGACGUUCCCUGAUAGCGGCAAGGUGUUGCCGUGGGCGGAUAAGGAGAGUGAUCCUGCGGUUAGUGCCUCUGACUCGGCGCUGAGUGUCGUUGCGCGGUUUGUGAGGGCCGUGGUUGACGAUAUCCCAACGCUUGGACGGGAAUGGAGCAGGUGGUGGGCGUUGAGGCAACGAAGAGUAGCCGAAGAGACCUCUACCGAGACACAGCUCGUAGCAAGGAGGAGCGUUGGCGAGAGUGAACGCAGUCUCUUGCUGGCUGGUGUCGGGUUGACUUUGCUGGCUGUCAACGUUGUCGGCCUUGGCAUUUACUGGUACCGAUACCGAGGGCUACUCGGCGCGCCGUUGCAGACGUGGCAUAGACCACUAGUGGGCUUGGGCAGCUUCGGGGCGGCGGGAGCCAUGUUCGCUGGUCUUGUAUGAAGACGUUGAGGCUUCGAGAAAGUUGGGGAAGUGUAUGAUAUAUACCUAUGAUGAGAACUUGGAAUGAUACCAGACCGGAUAAGGAUACCCAACGGGAAAACAACACGAGGUGAAGUUGCUCAAUGCAAAGAAGCCCCACGCGACGCAUCGAAAAGGGUAUGCGCAACUGAUCCCAUUAAGCAGCAGAUACCAAUCGUAACUGGACAAUGUAAAAGAGAAGGAAAAAAGAAAUAGAAACAAGAGAUUGACUGAC